GAGUCGGUCGUAGUCGUUCCACCGAUGGUACCACUUGUUGUACCAGACCAGGCCUACUACCAACAUGGCAUGCCACUUGUUUGCGCAUAGAGUUAUAGAGGUGUGUUCGGUGCGGACGGUGACCUGUGCAAACGUUCGCGUAGUGCGCUCUUGCUCUAUGUAGUAUGAUGAUGGUGGGUAGCCGAUCCGAAACUUUCCUCAUCAUCACCGAUGAGAAUCUAGUGCGUUUUGAGUGACUUGUUUCGUUGUUGGAUUGUUUGCUGUUUGCAGUAAGAUGCGUUCAAAUUCGUCGUCGAUAUGCGGUACUGGGCCGAUCUAUUUUGUGCUCUACUCGUUCCUGAUCGGACUCAGUUUUGCCUCAAUAAUGGGAGACGAGUGCGACUGGACUGGCAGCGGUUUGACGAUUUCGAGUUCAGACAAAGGAGUGACCCCCGUAUACCUCCGAUGCUCGGCAGGCAAAAUCAAGUGGAUGUACCCGCGAGGGGCGCUGCGAAUUCUCCUAAGGCUUCCCAACCAGGACAGGAACUUCCGGGCGUGUGUGAAGAUCCAGACCAGCGCUAAGCCUGGACGCCCCGUGACCCGAGUCUACUUGGAGGGCCCGCGCUCCCUCAUCCACCUCUAUGGGGGAGACAGAGAGUCCAAGCCCAUAAGAUGCUUCAACAGCAAAAACGGGCAGGCCGCCCUGUACAUUGAAGCUACAGACGAGCGAUCCUUCGAGAAGCAACUGACAGAGAUCGAGUACGAUCUGCAACAACUGCCCAAGAACUUCCAUGGGUAUGAUUCAUCUGAAGAAUGCCGGCCCUGCUCCCAGGAGGAAAUGGCGCACAUCUUCUGCACCAGCGACUUGGUGACCAGAGGCAUCAUUCACUCGGUGGAAAACAACGAUCAGCUGGAGCAGUCGCUGGUGACGGUGAAGAUCACCAAACUCAUCAGGCACACCUCGGCUGAGGAGUUUUUGCAGGACGUGGACAGUAACGACGUGCUGCCAGGACCGUACACGCAAAAAGAGGUGACGGUGAACGUGCCCCAACAUUGCGGAAUCAAUCACGGGCUGGGGGAGUUUGUGUUCAUGGCUAGGAGGAAGUUGGGCGACUUGACGCUCCUGUGCGCGCCCCGCUUGGAAACUUGGGCGCUUCAAGUGAGCAAGCUCAACGACGAGGGACACUCACAUUGUGUUCUCAGGAGCUAGCUAAAUAUCUCCGAACUUAGCGUUGAAAUGCAGAUUCUGUGAUUUUAGUGUACAUAAAUAAUCCAUAUCGGCCCCAAAGAACAUUGCUGAUGCCCCAAUGUAAAUACUAUAACACGUUUGUACAUUGUACUUAUAUUUUGUGAUACUAGAGGUACGGUUGUGGCCAUUUGAAGUUAUGAACUGUUGGGGCGAUCUCCCCACUCAACUACCAUAGAGUUUCAUAGAAUAUAAUCUGUCUGUAGCUUUUCACUCUUGAAUUCUAUGUGCCAAUUUCCAUUUAAACGCAUAUUCUUGCUGGUGCCUUGUAUUAUAUCUAGCAUAGGCUUGAGUAACUUUUGCCAUUGAUUCACAUCAAGCGAAGCAAUAGAGGCAGAGUCUGCCUGGUUAGCUGAUAAGGGAUAGUUAUUGAUUUCUGUGAUAGCAAAGCACACGCACGUGUGAAUGGUGCCAAUAAGAAUGGUCUCUAAUGUACUCAAAGCUACGUUUAUAUACAUAUAUAUAUAGAUAUUAGAUAGAAAGCAUAUUUUAUUGUACAUUUAUAUAUGGAGAGCUAUGAGGGAUGUUUUGAAAAUUAAUAAAUUUAUCUGCAGGUUUCAA